AUGGGAGUCAGUCUUCUCCUUCUGCUUCUCGGAUUGAAGAUGAAGGCAAUGCCCGUCAUCUUCAUCUCCUCUCUCGGCUGGCUGAUCGCCGGCCUUCAGUCAAUUCUUCCUCGUAAGGAGGGAACGCUGAUGGAGCUCACUUUCAACAACAUUAUCGACUAUGUGGCCACUUAUGCAUUCGGUGGAUCCACGACACUCGCAGGCCUCGCCCUCCUUAUCGGAGCCUGGGCAGUCUGCGCAGUCAUCUGCCUGAAUCUCAAGGCACCGCCUACCUACACCGUCGUUCCGAUGAUUCCUCUCGCGAUCUUCUUCGCUGCUUACGGAAUCCUCAACGAGACCAUCAUGGUUAUGAUUAUCCUGAUCUCCGCCGUCCUGGUCGGAAUCGAGGCUAAGAAGGCGGUUGACUGA